CUCCCCAAACCCCCAAAAUCCAAAGUCAUUCACUCACUGAAACCCUUUCUUCUCUUCUCUCUUCCCUCUCUCUCUCUCUCAUCAAUCACUUCAUUUACUGUAUCUCUCUCUCUCUAGAAAGCGACCAAAAGGACACUCUUGUAGGCAUUGCUACAGUUGGCACAAGCGCUACAUCCAAAAGGCCAAAGAGCGCUUUUGCUUCUUCCCCCGUUUUCACUUAACAAACACAGAGAAGGGUUGAGUCUCUUUUAAGAGAAACUCAAUCCAGGCAACAGUAGGCUCUCUCUCUCUCAAAAAAUUAGAGUAAAUAAAAAGAUAAAAUCGGAUUCGAUGGCGGAGAUACCACCACCGAUGGGUCAGAUCAACGGCGGACAACUCAUGUUGGGUUCAUCCGAGACCGUGGGAUCGAAGCGACAGCGAAGGCCCAGCGUCCGAUUGGGCGACAUCGGAGGAGACCAGCCGUACGAUUCGCACGUGCGACGCACCACCAAGCAAUGGAAGCUCCCACUUGAUCACCGGAAAGACUCCAAUAAGUCCUCAAAGACUCGACCUUUAACGAAUUUGAGCGCUGGUGCCGACUUCCAAGAAACCCUAGACGGCGAAGAUAGAGAGGGAAAUCUCGAUAGUGUUGCCAUUGGUAGCUGGAAGGUCAAGGACACCAAGAAAAGAGCUUCGAACACGAAAAGGGUCAGAUCCAAUUGGGUCUCUUCCAAGAUUGACGAAGGUGGUGAUGCUGCUGCUGCUGAAGGGGAUGAUAAAUUUAGCGGAGGUGAGGAUGUUGAAGAUGGGUAUCGGGAUUUUGAUGUCGAAAACUCGGAGUCUCCUUUGAAAGACCAGAGCCCACUUCAUUCUUCCGACAAUUUGGGUGUGGAUGGACAUUUGAAUGAAAGGGAUGUGCUUUACCAUGGAAGUAGGAGACCCAUUAGGACUAGGGUUUCGGAGGGGAGGGACCACCAUGAUGGUGUUGAGCUAUCUGGGCCGUCGGAUAAUGAUGCAAGGGAUUGGAAUUGUAGAGGGACUAGUGGGGAUAGAAAUGGGAAUGAAGGCAGAGGGAGGUGUGGGGAAGAUGGUGUUAGGGUUUGGCUCAAUGGGCUAGGAUUAGGUCGUUAUGCCCCGAUGUUUGAAAUUCAUGAGGUGGAUGAUGAGGUAUUGCCCAUGUUAACUUUGGAGGAUCUCAAAGAUAUGGGCAUAAAUGCAGUUGGUACCAGAAGGAAAAUGUAUUGUGCAAUUCAGAAGCUUGGAAAGGGGUUUUCUUGACUUCUGUUUUUGUGACUGUUGGCGAUUGAAAGACCAAAAUGAAGAAGAAAAAAAAUCCUCAGCCAUGGCAAUGUAAGAUACAUGCCUGAAAGUAAAACUGGUUUGAGCUUUUGGUUAUAUUUUGCUCUCAAAUCUCAACUCAGUGGUAUUUUUGGAUGAGUAGGUUUUGUUUCAUUGCACUAUUUACCUUUUCUUUAAUUGAGUGCAAAUCCAUAUUUUCUUUUUUAUAACAAUGCUGGACUAGUUGUAGUUUUUCAUUGAUCAUAGGGAGACCAUGAUGAGAACUAUCUUUUCUUAACUGGUUGUAGCCUUUAGGACAGAAUGGGCAAGGGAAAAGCCUAGAAUUGGUUGGAGGAAGGACCAAUUGUUGUCUUUUCCUUUCCAGUCUUCAUUUCCACCCAGGCAUGCAGAAUAAUUUUGAGCCGAUAUCUAAUGUAUAUAAUGAUUUCCCAGAGCUAAA